AAUUUCAUAGUUGCCCCUAACAACGCUUGACAACCCAAGUCCGUAGAAUAUUGACAAACGAUCCUAAAGGAAUCAGUACAUUUUCUAAUUUCUCUUGGAUAUGGAAUAGCCAGGAUAGAAAAUGGCAGCUCAAGCGCAAACAUAUCAAAAAACUGUCGUUAAUGCUACGAGGGUGCAUGAUUAUCUAUACGAUCCGGUUCAUACGUUAGCGGCAGAAAGGGAUCAUGCUAGAGCCACCUUCAAAGCUCAUACAAGCACUGACAGGAUCAAACGAGUUCCUCACAGAGAGAAUAUGUUCAGCGAGCUUCGACAUCAUCCUCGAUUUGAAGCUCGUUUAAAUGUCACCGAUCCUGUUCCAAAAACUGUAAAUCGUCAAUGGAGAGGCUAUGCUGAUCAAGCUCGAGAGGCGUUAAUUCGUUAUAAGCAAUUUAACUAUGAUCCAUCCGUUAAAGUUCCACCGAAAGCUUAUGAAAAUCCGGACAUGUCGAAAAAUCGUUAUAAAUUUUUUAAACGGCCAAAUAUACCUUUUAUGCGAAAUGUACCUGAUGUAGUAUUAUCUGGAACCAGGGGUGGAGAGAGAGAUGGCUUUUCAGGAGCGCAAGCUGACAAUGACGAACAGGCUCAAAGAGCUCCUACUCCUAAGAUUAGAAGUGUCUAUGUCCAGACAAUGUAUCGUGACAGUCAGGCUCAAACUGACCCUUACUCUCCCGAAUAUGUAGUUAGACCCGGAUCGCAACCCGAGCUAUUGAGUUUGGCUACUCUUGCCUAUGGUAGAGGGCUUCCUGCAGGAUUGGCUGAGGUUGAAAUGAUUGAGAGAGCGAGAGCGAAGAGAGCUUGGGAAGCUACUCUACCUCCACUUCACGACAUGGACCAAAUAGAGAAGAGAAGAAAAAUGAUGGAUGAACAAGAGAGGAAGGAGUGGGCUCUUCGUGAGAGUGAAAUCGAAAAGCUACAGGAAGAAAGAUUAAAUGUCCUGAAAUCUCUAUUGAAGAAGCGAGAAGAGAAACAACAACAGCUGCAAACACAACGUCUUGAUAAAUUAUGGGGAAGAAAGCAGAGAGAGAAAGAAAAGCAAUUUGAAAGAGAUCGUUUAGAUCAUAUUAAGAACUUAAGAAAAUUGGUAAAGAAAAGAGAAAAUAUUGAAAAUAAGAAAGAUCCUCGUGAUAUCACCAAAGAUUACGCUGAUUUUGGAUCUUCUGCUUACGCUCCUUUAACUAGAAUUGGUGUAUUUCUUGACUCAGGGGCAGAACAAUUUGUUGUUCAAAGUAGAUAUCUGGACACUUAUGCUGGUCUUUUAGAAUUGGAGGCGUCUCUUCCUGACUGUGUAACAAGACCUAAAGUUAAGGCUCCCAAACCUCUAACUGUUACUAAAGAUGGCUUUACUAAGAGAAAGUUUAGACAAGAAAGAGAAUUGGAGGAGAUACACAAAAUAAUUAAAUCGGAAAAGAGUAAGGAGGAAAGAGAACAAAAACCUUUGAGAUUCUUACAGAAGAUUGAGAAACCUGCUCCAAGGCCACCAACACCUUCAGUCGAAGAAGCUGACGAUGAGGAAGAGGAGAGAGAACUUGCUGUUAUUGAGCUACAAAAGUUGUUAAGAGGAAGAGCAGUUCAGAAUAUGAUGUUUGAAGGAAAAGAAAAGCGAAUGGAGCUUAUUAAAGAACUCCGCUCUACUCAUGCUUUACAAGAAGCAGAACAGACUAUGAAGAAGCAAGAAAAACAAGCAACUCUCGCUCUUCAACGUCAAAGAAGAUUACACGACCACCGGGAAGCUCUGGUCGAUCAGGAACUCAAUCAAAUGGAAAGUUCCGCCCUUGGAGAUAUGUUAGACUUUUUAUCAAAAGAACUUGUACGUCUUCAAGAAGAAAGAAGAAUUCAUGCCUUUGCUAUGUUGGCUGAGAGACAGAGAAGAAUUAGAGAGGCUGAAGAGUCUGGUAGGAGACAACUUGAAGAACGUAGAAGAAGAGAACACGAUGAAAUUUUCAAACAAGCCGUCAAGGUUCAUCAAGAUAGUGUUGAUAGAUAUUUGGAAGACGUUAUUUUAACUUCCAUGGACUUUACUGCAGAACAACAAGCUAGAGAUGAAAUUAAGGAUAUGGCCGAGAAGAUAAAUGAUAUCGCUUAUGAAGCUGAAAAGUCUCGCGAUAAACUACAGUCAGAAGAAAUUGUAUCUGAACUUGUUCACGGUUUUCUUAUACCAGAAGUGCAAAAGGAAACCGUUAGAAAGCAAUCUAAAUUACAAAAUCGAAGAUUCCUUCUUGCUGCUCAUGGUCAAGUUCACAAAGAAGGAGAAGACUUUAUUGACAAAGUGGGCGAGAUUCAGAAUGAUGAGCUAGAUUCCGAUCAGUUAGAUGCCGAUCAGUUAGAUGCCGAUCAGCUAGAUGCAAACGAGAUGUCCUUCAGUACACCGACUUCUCAAUGCUCUCAAUCAGAACCCAAUUAUUCCACGAUGCAUAUGGAUUUACCUGAAGACUUGCAAGAAUUUGAAAGGCCAAUCCUUUCGCCCUCAUCCAUGAAUGCUGACCAAGACACAAAAGAAACACAGUCGGACAAGAUAGAGGAGGGUGCCAAAACUCCAAGCAGGUCAGUUUCGGUAGCUAAGGAUGUAGAUAAGGAUGCGCCGGAUGCUAGUAGAGCAUCCUCCGCUACAAAAAUUGACAAUAGGCCUCCUUCUGCCACUGAGGUAAAGAAAGAUAGUCGACCACCCUCUGCCCAAAAAGCUGAGAGUAGACCCCCAUCGACUGCAAAAUCUGGUAGUCGGCCAACCUCUGCUCAAAAAAUAAAAAGUAGAGGACCAACUCCACCUCAGCAAGAGGAAGAGAGAGUUUUUGGCAAAGUUACACCAACAGAAUCAUCAGCUGAAAGAGUACUUUCAAGAAAAAGUUCUGGAGUAAAAUCACCAACAGAGCCAUCUGAAAGAGUACCAUCAAGAAAAGGUUCUGGAGUAAAAUCACCAACAGAACCAUCUGAAAGAGUACCAUCAAGAAAAGGUUCUGGAGUAAAAUCACCAACAGAACCAUCUGAAAGAGUACCAUCAAGAAAAGGUUCUGGAGUAAAAACCCCAACAGAACCACUACCUGAAAAAGCACCCUCUAGAAAAAGUUCUGGAGUAAAAACGCCAACAAAACCUUCCAGUAGGCCAACUUCGGCAUUAUCUGGAAAAGAAGAAAUUAAGGAAGACAACGUUCAAAAAGAAACAGAACAGAGUCCAGAUAAUUGAUUAACGUUUAUUUAAAAAUUUAAUUCUCUAUUUUUUCCCGUUUUAUGAAAAAUAAACUUGAUAUAAGAACAGAAAGUAUUAAUUUGAAUAUUUCUUUUGCUUUUUUUUAAUUGAAUUUAAGUUAUUUCUCAAUAAUUAAAAAUGAUUCUUUUACUUUAAAAACAAAAUACACUUAAACAGGCAAAGCAGCUAUUCAAAAUCACCAAGACAUUCAAGAUACUUUGACGAGGAAGAAAUGAAGAUUAAUAAUUUCAACAAAGAAUGUAAAACAAGGAAGCAAGACUCAAGAAUUAAAGUAUAUGGCAGUUUGAGUCGACAAGUAAGAUUCGCCGACCAAAUGAACUCUGGUAAUCAUAAAUAAAUAAAAUAAAUAAUCAACUUAUUCUAAUAUGGACUAUAAAAAAAAAACAGGAGUAGUAUAUCAUUUAAUAAGUAUUCUAAUUUGUAUAACACUA